UAAACCACUUUUGCCUUUUUCUUUCAACGGACGUCGUUACUCUAGUCUAUAGACAUUAAACUUUAAAUUAAAAAAAAAAAAAGAAGAACUUUCAUACACAUACACAGCUUGGUAAUUACUUUCAGACGUCUUUUAGAACAAACUUGAUCGUCAAUAAUGUCCAUGUUACCGUUCAUCAUGGAACAGUUUUCCCGGCCCACCAUGUAUAAUCAACAUUUCGGAAUGGGUUUGUUGGACGACGACUUGGUCUUGGCACAACGUGACCUGAUGCCGUUGUUUAGCAGCCGACUUUAUCACCGAAAUCCUCUGUCGUUGACGCCGGCCAACCGGAGCGGUCUGUCUCGCGUGCAAAACGAUCACAAGUACUUUAAGGUCAACUUGGACGUGCAACAGUUCCAACCAGAGCAGUUAUCCGUCAAAGUCGACGACGACGGAUACGUGGUAGUUCAUGGCGAGCACGAAGAACGCAGCGACGAGCAUGGAUAUGUGUCCAGGCGGUUCACCCGGCGCUACAAGGUGCCUGAAAACGUCGACCCCAACGCCAUCACUUCUCAGCUGUCGUCAGACGGCGUGCUCAGCAUCGGAGCUCCUAAGAAGACUUUUGACGAAAAAAAAAAUACAAGGGCCGUGCCGAUUAUUCACACCAACGAACCAAGUAUUAAGUUAGCAAAAAUUCAACAAGAAAACGGUACGAAGUCAGUCGAGUUACCAAUAAAUACGACAACAAAUAAGUCAAAAUAAAUACUAAUAAUAAAUUGUAAUAAAUAAUAAUAAUAAUAAUUAAUAAUAGUUAAUAAAUAAUAAAAAAGUUAAAUGUUAUAAUGUUUUAUAUUGUGUAUAAGUUUUAAAUAAUGUUAUAUAUUGUAAUUAAAGAAAUUAAAUGUUUAAAUGCAGUCUAAGUAUAAUAAA